GCUCUAUUUGACAAUCCAAUUCAAUGAAUUUUAUGUGGGAAAGAAGGUUUUCACAACCGUAUCCAUGACCGCCAAAUAUAAAUGGCAGAUAUCUUUCAUCUGAAGAUGUUUAUGGUAUUUGGCAGCUGCAAUUUUUUCCAGCUGUAGAUGGUAUUCGUAGCUCAAGGGUAAAUAUGCCUACUGAGGAUUCAAGAAAGGAUUUCAUCCUUACUACCAGUGCAAACUUCUUUGGCCUGCAAAGCAGUGACCAUACUGUUAAGUCUGGAGACACUUCAUCUGCCCUUAACAAGUUUUUAGAUGAUGAAAACUGUUCAUUGCUGACUGCAUUUCUCACUGGGCAUCAAUCAAAGAAGAUUGUAUUUUUUAAUGAAAUAGAAAGGGGGAAAAGUGCAGAAAAUGCAGAUGAUGGAUUCCUUGCAUUUUUUAAGAUCAAACCUUGUGUGAUCAACCCAGAGAACAUUCACAAUGCAAUUCUGGUUUCAUCAAUGUUUGGUUCACCGGCCACUACACUUUAUCACACACUGCACAACUUGUUUGCCCCUAACCUAUUGCGAAAUGGAAAAGAUGAUUCAGAUAUUAGUGAAAAGUUGCAAAAUUUGAUAAAAGAGCUAGAAUUUGGGCUAGGAAGCUGGCUUAGGAAAGAUGGGCCUAAAGUUGCUCGUAAAAAGGAUGGAAGUAUUGAUGAAGAAAAUUUGUCAGCAAUAUUCACUCCAGAUGAUGAGUUUCAGUUCUGGGGAGACCUAGCAGUUUCUGAGAGAGACAGCCAAACAAGAAAACGAGCUUCAUCAUUUCUAGAAAUGUUCCAGCGUGCAAAUAUGACCCAUAGCUACACAAAACUGAGCACACUUGAUUUUCAUGAUGUUCUGGACUUCAUUGACACAGUACAAGAAAAUCUUGAUGAUUUGUGGAAACAAGAUGAUUUUAAACCCUAUCCUCAAAUGAGGAUGAGCCACUUUUUAGACAUGACUGCUGCCUCUCUCAGUAGAGCAAUACAAGAGAUGCUCAAAGGCACAGAUUUAUGGAAUGACUCAUUUGCAACAGUUAGAGAUAACUUGAAGCAAGGAAUUGAGAUAUGCAAUAAAUGGUCUCAAGUUUGCAAGACUUUGACUUUCCAGUUCUGGAGAAAUUAUCAUUUGAAUCAAUGGAAGGGUUCAGAAUUUAUUCCAGAAAGACUGAACAAACUUUGCCAGCGUCUAGAAGGGGUUUUAAGAGUUAGAACCAUCCACAAUCAGAUUGCUAGGCUGGUUUCAUCUACUGAAAAAGGAGAACUUGGCCUGUCAAAGGCUUUCUCAUCAUUUGCAGGGCUGGAUCCAUUGCUGUACAAUCCAUUCACUGAUCCAAUAUGGCAGUCUGCUGUUGGUCAAUUUGAAAAGAUGAUUCAGCCAUCUGAAGACAGGGUGGCUGGAAAGUUGAGACAGAGAUUCAAGGAACUGAAUAUUGGGUCAUAUCAGCUACUCAAAGAAUUUCAGAAAUAUAAAGAGCUUAUCAAAAGGCCCAACAUAAAGAAAGGUCUAGGUCCUGAAAGGGAAUCCCUUCUUGGUCAGCUUCAAGAACAUCUCAAAGAAAUGAAAGAAGACUUUACCUCCCGGUCCAGCCACUCUGGAAAAAACAGACCACCCAAAGGGAAAAACCUUCCAGAAGUUGUGAAUGAUAUUAUAUGGGCAAAGCAACUGCAGUCAAAGGUUAAGUCAUUGAUGCAAUCAGCAGAGGAAAUGCUGAGUGAUCUACUUAGUUUCAAGCAGUUUUUUCGUAUCGGCGAAGAACUGCGCGAGGAAAUUGAGGCCUACGGGAAGGACAAGUACGAAUAUUGGUUGAAAGAUAUUUCAGACUCACUGGAAGAUCCAAGCAAUCCAAUCAGCUUAAGAACAAGCGGGAAGUUGAUGGAGCUUGGCCACGAUGAUGGAAAGCUGCGCGUUCACUAUGACGAUAGGCUUGUUACAUUGAUAAGAGAAGUGCGUCAGUUAACUGGCUUGGGCUAUGUUAUUCCAGCAAAGAUACAGAACACAGCUGAUACAGGACAAAAGUUUUAUAAACAAGCUGUGAUUUUAAAACAGGUGGCACAUUUUUACAACACGAUUGAUCAGCAAAUGAUACCCAGCCAGCAGGCCAUGAUGCUUGACUCUGCAUUGGCUUUUGAGAGACUGGUGAAGAGCCCAAAAACGGGCAAGAAAGGAGCGAAUGGAAAUGUCCAUGUAACAUGGGACAACCCUGUUGAAGUUGAGAAGUAUAUAAAGAUGCUGCAAACUGCGGCCGAUAGACUUUCUAUGGAAAACCGACGGUUGAGGAAGAAGCACAUCUAUUUUGGAGAAAAGAUUGGUGAACUGUUCAGUACAGAUCUUCUCCGUAACCCGGCUGCAUGGAAAGAAGUUUUGCUCGAACUGAGACAGAUAAUCAGCGGACUUGCACAGCAGGGAAUCAAGGAAGAAAAUAUGAAGCCAUGGAAGUUGCACUGGGACAUGCAGCUUUACAAAGCAUUGGAACAUCAGUAUCAACUUGGCCUAGAGGUGCUAAAUGAGAAUUUGCCAGAGAUCAAAGUGGAACUGACCUUCAGACAACAGCAACUGCAGUUUCGACCCCCAUUUGAGGAAAUCAAAGCCAGAUAUUACAGAGAGCUUCGAAAGUUCAUCUCGAUUCCACAAAAUUUUAAAGGCUUUGGAGGUGACAAUGCCCUGUUUGCGGCGUUGAUUGAUCGCACUGCCUCUGAAUUUGACAACGUGUUCAAAAAAGCAGAGAUGCUAUUUGAUCGAUUGGAAGCUGUCAAAGAAGAGUUUAAGGACUGGGUCGUACUUGGCUAUGUGAAUGCAGAUAAACUCGCUGAAGAGAAUCUAAUGAACGUAGUUGAUUGGGAGAAAAAUUUCAAAAUGAUCAAAGUUAAAGGAAGAGAGGCCGAGAAGAUCCCAUCAUCGAUUAAGAUUGACUGCAUCCAUGUUUCGACAACACCAGUAAAGAGCUCGAUUGACGACCUAUUGCAAAGUCUUUUCGAUGCCUUGAUAAUUUCACUGCGUCGGUCAAUUCUUAACGAUUACAACAGAACAGAAACCUAUCUCAAUGAAGGAACUCAAUCAUUAGGAAAGGUUCCUCAGUCGAUCGACGAGAUCGGAGAAGCGACGCAAAAGCAUUCAGCUCUGGCUGCUGAUCUGCCUCAGAUCAAAUUAGCUCGCGAGGAAGCAAGUUCUAAAAACAAGCUGCUUAGUUCUGUCGCCGCUGAAGGGGUUGAGCAAAUCGCAAAUUUGUCGCAAAAAUGGAGCAAAUUUGAGCUAAUGAUGGAAAGUUUUGCAAUGAUGAUCGCUGGACAAAGAGACGUAAUGAGGAAAGAUUUGGAAAAUAGAGUGAAAAAUUUCCACCAAGAAGUGGAGAAAUUCAUCGCUCGCUGGAACCAGCUGAAACCAUCCGACAUUGAUGCGGACAGCAGCCCAGAUAACUUCAAGGCUGCCGCGACGAAUAUUAAGGACAGAAAGCUUGAACUCGACGAUAUCAUCAAGAACAAAGAAAAACUUCUAGGGGACUGUGCAAACUUUGGGAUACCAGAAGAAGACUUUUCUCAGCUUGAUGACGUCAAAAUCGACAUUGAAACAUAUGAGGCAAUGUGGCAGAUAUUUGAAGAAUUCAAUGGGGAAAUAGAAAAACUGAGGAAGGAAGAUUGGAUAUCUUUCAGGACGCGUUCUCAUGUGUUUGAGGAAUUUCUGAUGACCUGGAAUGACAAGCUCAGGAAAGUGAAACCGAAUAUAAUGACCCUCAAAAUUCAGAAAGAUGUUGACAAAUACAAGAGUAUCAUUCCUGUGUUGAAAUACGUUCGAGGCGACCCCCUCUCCGCUGAUCACUGGCUAGAAUUGUUUAGACUUCUCAAGAUGCCGAAAGGAACGACCCUCGAGAAACUCACCUUCGGCAAUAUUCUUGAUUCCGCUGAAGAAAUAACUGCAAAGAGAGACGAGCUUAAGGAGCUGAAUAGUCGUGCACAAGGAGAGGUUUCUAUCCGUGAUGCACUGCGGGAAAUGGAGCUGUGGGGCGCAGGCGCAGUUUUUAGUCUUACGUCAUAUUCUGAUACAAAUCGAAAUGAAGUCAACCUCAUUAAAGAUUGGAGGGAUCUUUUCAACCAGGUUGGGGACAACCAAUGUCUACUGCAGUCACUGAAGGACUCCCCAUAUUUCCAAGGCUUCGCAGAUAAAGCAUCCAUAUGGGAAACACGACUUGCCGAUCUGGAUGAGUAUAUGCACAAUUUGAACCAGAUUCAAAGGAAAUGGGUUUACCUAGAACCAAUAUUCGGGAGAGGGGCUUUGCCAAGGGAGCAGGAUAGAUUUAAAAGAGUUGAUGACGAAUUUCGGCAUAUUCUAUCGUCGGUUGCAAGAGACACGCGGCUAUUGUCUUUAGUGAGCCAAUCUGGCAUCAAGAACACCCUUAUCACCAUGCUGGACCAGCUACAAAGAUGCCAAAAGUCUUUGAACGAGUUCCUUGAGGAAAAACGAUCUGUCUUCCCUCGAUUCUACUUUAUUGGCGACGAAGAUUUGCUUGAGAUAUUGGGGCAGUCGACAAACCCACUUGUGAUCCAAUCACAUCUGAAAAAGCUGUUUGCAGGAAUUCACAAUGUACUCUUUGAUGACGAAAACAAGCAAAUUUUGGCCAUGAAAUCUAUUGAUGGAGAAACUGUUACGUUGAAAAAUCCUGUGGUUAUUACUGAGAAUGUAGAGAUAUGGCUUGGUGAUUUAGCCAAUGAAAUGAAGAACACUUUGAGUAUUUUGCUGAAAGACUGCCUGCAAGCCAGUCGAUCUGGAAGCGUUGAUCCAACAGUGUUCCCGUCUCAGGUACUCUGCUUGGCUGAGCAAAUAAAUUUCACCGAGAAGUGUGAAGAUGCGCUCUCGAGAGGAAGUUUGGUCUCGUUCAAGAAAGAACUGGAGGAGCAGCUCGAAUCGUACACGAACUUAGAGAUGGACUCAAGUGAUGAGGCCUACAAGGUUUUGGAACUGAAGCUGAAGGCAUUGAUUCUGGAUGCUAUUCAUUUCAUUGACAUAGUUGAGCAGCUGAUCAGCGAGAACAUAAGGAAUGUUAACGAGUGGUUGUGGCAAAAACAGCUACGCUUUUACAUCAAUAAAAAAGGCGUAUGUAUCAUGAGGAUGGUGGAUGCUGAAUUUUUGUACACAUACGAAUACCAAGGGAAUGCACCAAAACUGGUUCACACACCGCUGACUGACAAGUGCUACCUCACAUUAACACAAGGAAUGCGCAUGGGAAUGGGUGGUAACCCUUAUGGACCGGCUGGAACCGGUAAAACAGAAUCGGUCAAGGCUUUAGGCGGGCUGUUCGGGAGGCAGGUUCUUGUUUUCAACUGCGAUGAGGGCAUUGACGUGUUUUCUAUGGGAAGAAUCUUCAUUGGUUUGGUGAAGUGUGGUGCCUGGGGCUGUUUCGAUGAAUUCAAUCGGCUGGAAGAGGCUGUCCUCUCUGCUGUCUCCAUGCAGAUCCAGAGCAUCCAAGCCGCCAUCAAGAGUCAGCAAAAGAGCGUAGAGCUCCUCGGUCGAACGAUCGACCUGGAUGCAAAUUCUGGAAUCUUCAUCACACUGAACCCAGCAGGAAAAGGUUAUGGUGGUAGACAAAAGCUGCCAGACAAUUUGAAGCAACUGUUUAGACCUGUUGUUAUGUCCGUACCAAACAACGAACUGAUUGCUGAAGUACUCCUGUUUGCGGAAGGGUUUAGAGACGCCAAGAGUCUCGGUCCAAAAUUGGUUGCGAUUUUUGUUCUCUCCAGAGAGCUGUUGUCAAAGCAACAACAUUACGAAUGGGGUUUGAGGGCACUCAAAACUGUUUUGCGUGGUUGUGGAAGUUUGUUGCAAAAGGAAAAGAAAAAUGGAGGCAAAGUUGAUGCUAAAACAGAGGAAAAGAUCGCCAUUCAAGCGAUACGGCUUAACACACUGUCCAAGCUGACAUUUGCAGACUCUAAAAGAUUUGAUGCUCUUGUAAGAGAUGUUUUUCCAGGAGCUGAAUUCCAGGAUGUCGAUUAUGCCGAGCUUCAAUCGGCAUUGGUUGAGACUAGUCAGGAAAUGGGCUUGAUCGUCAGCAAAGUUCAGAUCAAAAAAGCAUUAGAGCUGUACGAGCAGUUGCGCCAGAGGAUGGGGGUUGUAAUUGUCGGACCAUCAGGCUCUGGAAAGUCAACUCUGUGGAGGAUUUUGAAGACUGCACUUGUCAAAAUGAAGCACGAAGUAAAGCAGUAUACAAUGAACCCGAAAGCAAUGCCAAGAACUCAGCUCCUUGGCCACAUUGACAUCGAUACUAGGGAAUGGUCUGAUGGUGUUUUAACCAACGCGGCAAGGCAGGUUGUCCGUGAACCAUUGGAAGUACAGUCGUGGAUAAUCUGUGAUGGAGACAUCGACCCUGAAUGGAUUGAAUCAUUGAAUUCCGUUUUGGAUGAUAAUCGCCUCCUGACUAUGCCUUCUGGUGAAAGAAUCCAGUUUGGGCCUAAUGUGAAUUUCCUCUUUGAAACGCAUGACCUCAGCUCUGCAUCUCCAGCUACCAUCUCAAGGAUGGGUAUGAUCUUUCUCAGCGAUGAAGAUACUGAUACAAAAGCACUUGUGAAGUCUUGGUUAAAAAGAAAUGCACCUGAAAAUAAGGGCCUUGAAGGAUGGAUAGAAGAUUACUUUCACAAGGCAGUGGAUUUGGUUAACAACCAGCUGGAACUUGUGGUGCCCACAACCCUUGUUGGUGUUAUACUUGGUGGCCUCUCGCAUUUGAAAGACGUGACAUCCCGCGGGGAAUUUGCGUGUGCUAUUAUUCGCGGCCUUGGAGGAAAUCUAACUGAAAGCUCAAAAGAAACUUUAGCAAAAGAAAUUUACCGCUGGACAGGCGAAUCUCCAUUAGAUCCAAAGCACCCACUCAACACUUACUUCGAUAGAUCACGUGGACGUUUUAUGCAGUACCAAGCAAAGGUCCCAGACACGUUGAGGGCCGAAGACCUUUCAUCUUCCAAGCUGCCAGUCAUUUUAACAGCUGAUGCCCAACGAUCACUUGACUUCUUCUCUCCCUGGCUUAGCCAAGGAAACGAGGAACCAUUUUUGUUGGUAGGCCCGGAUGGAUGUGGUAAAGAACUACUGUUGAACCACUGUUUCAAAAGUCUGAGAUCAACUCAAGUUGCAGUUAUUCAUUGCAAUGCACAGACAUCGCCCACACAUGUUCUUCAAAAGCUUACCCAGACGUGUAUGGUGAUUACGACCAACACUGGCCGUGUUUACAAACCGAAAGAAUGUGAGAGACUUGUCUUGUAUUUGAAAGACCUAAACCUACCAAAGCCAGAUAAAUGGGGCACAAGUCAACUUGUUGCGUUUCUUCAACAGGUGUUGACAUACAACGGUUUUUAUGACAUGAACCUAGAAUGGGUUGGUUUGGAUGGCGUCCAAAUUGUUGCCUCGAUGAACGCUUCAACCUCUAUCGGGAGGCAUCCUCUCACAACACGUCUCACAGCCAUAGUGAAAAUUUGCUCCAUUGGGUACCCAAAGACGAAUGAUCUUGAGUUGGUUUACAACUAUUACCUGAAGGCACUGCUUCAAGAGUCUUAUCAAAGUCAUCAAGUUUGGAAUGCUGAGAAGAACAUCUCUUCGUUGGCAAAGACUCUUGUUUCAAUCUAUGAGCAGAUCCGGACGAAAUUCACAGUCGAUGACUAUCCUCAUUACAUAUUUACCCCCCGUGACCUCACAAACUGGGUUCUUGGUUUGAUAAGAUACGACAUCCCAAGCACGGGGAACAGCGCCGAACAGCUCUUGCAGGUGAUUGCGUACCAAGCGAAGAGGUUGUUUAGAGAUCGCCUUGUUGGCAAGGACAACUGUAACCGGUUUGACGGCAUUGUUUCAUCUGCGCUACGCAAUGACUGGAACUUCAGUCCGGAUAAUACUAAGAGCCAGCAUUUCGUAACAUGGGGUUCAGCUAUUGCCCCUUCAGAUCAAACGGAGCUUAAGAAGGCAUUUGGAAGACCACUUGGCCUAAUUGCGAUCGAAGACUUCCGGGAUAUUGUGCGCAAGGGGCUCAUCUCCUUUGCUCGCGACAACAAGGAAGACGAAAUCUUGCUAUUUGAAGAAGUCUUAGAUAACAUUGCAAAGGUCGAUCGGGUCAUCAGUCAACCAGGGGGCUCCUUAGUGAUGGCAGGGAGAAGUGGGGUUGGGCGCCGCACAGCUUUGUCUCUUGUUGCUCAUAUGCAUCAGAUUAUGGUGGUAUCUCCGAAAGUAUCGAGAGCGUAUGGCAUCAAACAAUUUAAGAAUGACCUAAAGACGGUGAUGCAAACAGCAGGCAUUGAUGGAGAAAACAUCAUUUUGCUUCUUGAAGACCAUCAGUUGGUUGAGCCAGUCUUCUUAGAAUUGAUAAACAGUCUGUUGUGUGCUGGAGAUGUGCCUGGCUUGUACACGACAGAAGAGCUGGACCCGAUUCUGUCCCCACUACGAGAGCAAGCAAUGCAAGAGGAAUUUAGAGGGCCGCUCUACUCGUACUUUGCACACCGUGUGAAGAAGUACCUCCACGUGGUGCUGAUUAUGGACUGUACCUCGGCUACCUUUACUGCCCAAUGCGAGGCAAAUCCAGCAUUGUACAAGAGCUCUGCAUUCCAGUGGAUGGACAGUUGGAGCAAGGAAAGCAUGCUUGCUGUCCCAAAAAUGCUUCUGACGAGUCUAGAUCCUGACAACGAGGGAGGGAAAAUGAAGGGAAGGCUAUCUUCCGGCGGUGAGAAACUGUUCAAAAUUUUCCGUGAGAUCCAUGAAAGCUUCCCGUCAAAAGAUGCAACUCCCAGAGGCUACUUGAAUUUCCUUCAAACAUAUAUUCACCUUUUUAACCAGAAGAAAGAAAGCAUUGAAAACAAACAGAAACAUUUGCAGGCUGGUGUUACAAAACUGAACGAGGCAAAAGUACUUGUUGAUGAUUUGAAGAAAAAAGCUGCAGAUCAGAGUAAAUUGCUAGCAGAAAAACAGUCAGAAGCUGACGCCGCUUUGAAGGAAAUCACCCGAAGCAUGGAGCGAGCCAGUGAUCAGAAAACUGAGAUGGAGACCCUUAAAGUUAAACAAGGAGAUGAAACCACGCAUUUGGAGAAAAGGAAAAAGGCAAUCGAAGCAGAGCUUAGCGAAAUUGAGCCGCUCGUGCAGAAGACGAAAGACGCUGUUGGGAAUAUAAAGCCUGAGUCUCUGUCCGAAAUCAGGUCCCUGAGGAUUCCGCCAGAUGUGAUUCGAGACAUUCUUGAGGGAGUCUUAAGGCUCAUGGGUAUAUUUGAUGUCUCAUGGCUGAGUAUGAGAAGCUUCCUAUCAACAAGAGGCAUUAAAGAUGAAAUAUGCAAUUUUGAUGCCAGGAGAAUUACUCCUGAGAUGAGAGAAGGUGUUGAAGAGCUGCUUGUGAAGAACAAGGCUUCUUUUGAUCCAAAGAAUGCGACGAGAGCCAGUGUUGCUGCUGCCCCGCUCGCACAAUGGGUGAAAGCCAAUAUCCAGUAUUCAAGAGUUCUCGAAAAGAUUGGACCUCUUGAAAAGGAGCAGAAUGGCCUGAAGAAGAGUCUUGAAAAGUCCCAACAGAGAAUGGAAAAGCUGCAAAAAGGCUUGGAUAAAGUUGACAAACAAGUCUCAGAAAUGAGAGAGAGAUUUGAACAGCGCACACGAGAGGCUGCUCAGCUCAAGUUUGAUUUGGAUAAAGCACAAGAAACUAUCAAAUCUGCAGAAUCACUAGUUGGAAAGUUAGACGGAGAGUUCAAGAGAUGGUCAGCUCAGGUUGGUGAGUUGACGAUUGAAAUCGAGCAAUUGCCCGUUCGCUCGCAACUUUCCGCUGCCUACCUGAAUUACCUUGGAGUCGAGUCCGAAGAUGUCAGACGCUCGUACCUGACGAAAUUUUGUGAGCUCACUGGCCUGAGUGAUUUUGACUUGAGAAAGUUCCUUAGCUCAGAGAGCCAAAUGCUGAUUUGGAAGAGUGAAGGGCUGCCAUCUGAUAAUCUGUCAAUGGAAAAUGCAUUAAUGAUUCUAAAGGGAGUGAUAUGCCCGUUCCUCGUGGAUCCAUCACAGAGAGCAAGCGAAUGGUUGAAAAAACACGUGACUAAAGACCAGAAGGUGGAAGUUGUCAACCAGCAAGAUGGAAACUUCACGACCUCUUUAGAGUUAGCAGUUCGGUUUGGCAAGACACUGAUAAUUCAAGAGGUUGACAAUGUUGAACCUAUAUUGUACCCAGUUUUACGCAAGGACCUCAUCAGUCAAGGGCCAAAAUACGUUGUGCAGAUUGGUGAGAAAGCAGUUGACUUUAAUGAAAAUUUCAGAUUGUACAUGACAACAAGGAAUCCAAACCCUGAACUGCCUCCGAAUGCAGCGUCGAUUGUGAACGAAAUUAAUUUCACGACAACAAGAGCCGGGUUGACAGGGCAGCUAUUGGCUCUGACGAUUCAACUUGAAAAACCAGAAUUAGAGGUGAAGAAAACUGAACUGCUUCACAAGGAAGAAGAGUUGAAGGUUCAGUUGGCCGAGCUUGAAGAAUCUUUGCUUGAGACGCUUGCAAAUUCAGAAGGCAAUAUUUUGGAAAACAAAGCGUUGCUUGACUCCCUCAAUAAAACCAAAGAAAGCAGCAUGACCAUCGCAGAGUCACUAGCUGACGCGCACAGGAUUCAAGCUACGUUGGACAAGGAGCGUGAUGCUUAUGUUCCAUUAGCAGAGCAUGGGAGUGCCAUGUUUUUCGUCAUUGCCGAUCUUGCAAAGAUCAAUGGGAUGUACCAGUUUAGUCUUUCAUCAUUUCUUCAUUUGUUCCAACGUGCUCUCGAACUCAUAAAGGCAUCAGAAAUUUCGGGUGACAGGAUAAAAGCUCUGAAGAAUUCUGUCCAGUCUCUUGUUUACAACAAUGUAUGCAGCUCCCUUUUCAAGGCUGAUAGGCUGAUGUUCAGUCUGCACUUAGUCCAUGGAAUUCAUACCCAACUGUUCAAAGCUCAGGAAUGGGAGUAUUUCUGUGGUCUUGUUGUUGACAACAUGUUGAGGCGACAAGAUUCUCUUCUGGAGAUCAAAAGUGGACUACCGUCAUGGAUUGAUCACGAGCGAGCCCAGGCCAUUAGCUCGCUAAAGAACACUUUCCCGGAGCUUUUCACUGCUUUGGACCUGAAAAACUCUUCAUUAUGGGAUCCCUUUGCAAAGAGCCCACACUGCGAGCAAGACUUCCCCAGGGACUUAUCAAAGAAAGUGUCGAAUUUCCAGCAGGUCCUAGCUGUUCAAACAAUCAGACCAGAUCGACUGCAAAGCGCAAUGGCAUUAUUUGCAACCAAAGCUCUUGAGCUUAAGUCACUUGCCGCCCCGUCUCUAAAUCUUAAGAGACUGAUGACCGAGACAACACCGAAGGAGCCAAUUUUGAUCAUCAUUUCGACUGGAGCGGAUCCUUCUCAGGAAUUGCAAGACUUCGCCGACAAAACUGUUGGACCAGAGCACUUCCAUCAGGUUGCAAUGGGACAAGGCCAGGCUGAAAUUGCAUUGAAAUUGCUAGACGACUGUGCAAGGCAAGGCGAAUGGUUAUGUUUGAAGAACCUCCAUCUUGUUACUGCAUGGCUUCCGACUUUGGAAAAGGUAAUAAAUUCACUUCAACCGCACGAGAAGUUCAGGCUGUGGUUGACAGCAGAGUCACAUCCAAAAUUUCCAGCUAUUUUGUUGCAGUCAAGUUUGAAAGUCACUUAUGAGGCACCGCCUGGUAUCAAGAAAAACAUGCAAAGAACAUACGAAAACUGGACGCCAGAAUUCAUUGCCCAGUCAAACUCAGUGGCAAGAGCCCAGUCUUUGUUUGCUCUGUGUUGGUUCCAUGCCUUAGUCCAAGAGCGAAGAAAUUAUAUUCCACAAGGAUUUACAAAAUUCUACGAGUUUUCUUCAGCGGAUAUUCGCGCUGGUGCCGACAUCAUCAACAGGCUUUUCAUGAAAGCAGGCAGUGGGUCAAUUCACUGGGAUUUCGUACAUGGGCUUUUUGAGAACGCCAUUUAUGGUGGAAGGGUUGACAAUAACUUCGAUGUUCGAGUUUUGACGUCAUAUCUAAAGCAAUAUUUUGCUGACGGGCUGUUCUCGGGACAGGGAUCGUCACGAGGUGUAAAACAAAGAAAAUUAGGCGAAUUUCUAACACUACCAUCGUCAACAAACUACAAGGAAUUUGUUGAUAUCAUCACAUCAUUGCCUGAUGAAGACACCCCUUCAUUUUUUGGACUGCCAGCAAACAUAGAGCGCUCCUCUCAACGGAUUAUCAGCUCACAGGUCAUCUCUCAGUUGAAAAUCUUGAUGCGUUCGGAUGAAGCAGCGAAAAAAUUCAACAAGGAGAAGUGGGCUACAGAAUGUGCCCCCAUUCUGAAUCUUUGGAAAAGACUCAAUCAGGGUCACCAGAUUCUCCAAAAGAAGGUUCACCAACCUCAUGAAGAUGAUAGCUCUUUGCCCGUUACGUCAUUCAUCAAGCUCGAGUUGUUCAAUGCAAUUCAACUUGCCCAGCACAUUCACUCCACAUUGGCAUCCCUAGCUAAGGUUAUCAAAGGAACUCAACUGCUGACAUCAGAUGUCGAGGCAUUGGCAGUGGCAAUUAUGAGGCAGCAAGUCCCGUCUGAUUGGUGCACACGCUGGGAGGCUGGGCCAGAGGAUCCAGUGCAAUGGCUAACUGCCCUCAUGAACAAAACACUGGCUUUGGUGAGCUGGGCCGAGAAAGCAGAAUCCGGAAAGCUCCUAUCCUCAACCUUAGAUUUAUCGGAUUUGUUUCAUCCGGAUACAUUUUUAAAUGCUCUUAGGCAACAAACUGCAAGAGCCGCCAAAGUCCCUAUGGAUAAGCUGAAACUUGCGUGCACGUGGAGGGAUGAAAGGAUUGCCGGGGCCAAGCAUACUGUUAAGAUUGAGGGGCUACAGCUGGAGGGUUGCACUUUUGAUGGCAAGAAAUUGCACGAGAACACGCGUGACUCAUCAAGCAUUUCUGCGAUACCCGUGUGUACAUUGGGGUGGAUACCAAGGGAAAGUACUGAUCCGUACCCCAUUGAUGAGUGCAUCGCAUUGCCCCUGUACUACACCCUGUUCCGGGAUCGUGUCGUCACACAGCUGAAUGUUCCUUGUGGGACUGAACAAGACAAGUGGAUACAGUCUGGUGCUGCACUUUUUUUGAAGAACAUGUGACCGUGACUUGCUUUUUACGAUUUAUGUUAUUUGUCACCCGAACCUUGCAUAUAAGCUCAUUUACCUUCAUUGAGAAUUGAAUACGAUAAAAUACGAUAAAAACGUAACCAUACGAGUGAAGUUCGGAAAUCAACAAAUGGAGCCUAUUCAUUCAACUUGGCUUUAGAUAUAACUUUGAAAUAUGUGACAGGGCCCACGCCACGAAUUUUAAAGUGGGGCGCCAAGGCUAGCAAAAAUAGGGGGCCAAGACUUUUUUCCCCUUUUACUGCAGCUUCAAAACUACUUGCUUCUCAAACAAGUUGGGGAACAUGGCCACCCCGGCCACCCAGGUGUAAUACUCGAUAAAAAAGCAAGUUACUUAUUUAUUAAUUUCUGCCCCUUACCACAAUUGCGCUUAUAUGCAACGUUAAGGAUGUUAUGCAGAAUCUAGUUUGUGAAACGUUUUUUUUGCACUUGUUAAACAUCGUGCACAAUUCUUUUUUAGUGCUUUACUGUGUAGUUAAAUCAGUGUUAGUAAAUUAUUCAGAAUGGAUUAUUCAAUUUGUGCCUGCUUCAUUACUAGCGUUCUUAAACUCACGUUUGACAUACACAUUUUUGGUGAAUCCUGUUUGAAAUCAUGUUUGAAUUCCAGGAUGAUUACUACUCAUGGCAAAAAGUGGCAAGA